AUGGUUGGUGAAAUCCAAAUGGACUGGAAAGACGAGCUUGUGAUUGAAGCAUUCAACGAAUCCUAUCACACGUUCCAAGAAAUUUCGCUUCCUUUUGAUUUUAUUUGGACUCCAACAAUUUCGAUAUUCAACUCCGUGGAUUUAAUGGCGGCGACAUUGGGUAAUUCUGCUCACUUUGUUCGCAUCAAUAUGACUUCUGGUGAUAUAAAAUGGACAUUUGGAGUAGUUAGUAAGACCGGAUGUUCUGUUGACGCUACAAACUACCCAUUUGACGUCCAGAAAUGUACCUUGAUCUUCACUCCGCGGGGCUACACCAAUACGGAAAUUGAUUUUAACAUUCAGGAAUCAAGCAUACGAACAGAUGAAUUUGCCGGAAGCGAAGAAUGGAACAUAACGGAAACUGCAGUCAACAUGAAAGUUGUCAAAACACAAGCCUUCUUAUUAUACAGAAUCACUCUUUCUCGAAAACCGACAUUUUUCAUGAUAAAUAUAGUGUUACCUAUAUUCCUAUUGGCGAUUCUGAACACGCUUGUGUUUCUUUUACCUGCAGAGACAGGAGAACGGAUCGGCUACGCCAUCGCGGCCUUCCUCACCUUCGCCGUUUUCCUCAGCUUAAUGAGUGCCAGCUUACCACAAGCCUCGCUCCCGAUGCCCCUUCUGUCGUACUAUAUGCUUAUUAUGUUACUGCUUAGCUCUACGAUUACUUUUGUGUCAGUUUUCAAUCUAAGGUUCCACUUCGCCAAAACAAGUUCGCCCGUACCAAAGUACCUAAAAACACUGGUGGAGAGAACAACUUUUCGUAACAGGCCAGAAAACUGCAGCGGUGCUAGAUCAAAGAACGAUGUAGAGAACGCUGUGUCAAAUAAGAAAUCUUCAUCCAGUAGUGAAACCAUGAGUGGUCAAAAUAACGUUGGUUCGGGAAAGAACGUAAGGGAAAUUGUAACUGAUCAGAAGUCUGUCUGUAAGGUGGAUUGGAAAAUGGUCGGGAAAACGUUGGACAAGAUAUUUCUAAUAUUAUAUUGGUCAAUCUAUAUAUGCGUUUCACUUGUAUUUUACCUCAAAGUGCAGCAGCAAGUCUCUCCUUAA